CUACCCGCUCAGUCCACAGUUAGCUGACUGAAGCAAGUCCAAAAGAAGAACAAAGUACUUUCUGUCCAGAAAAGAAAGAAAGAAGAGAAAAUGAGUAGUGUGGAAGAAGCACUUCUGCUGAAGCCGCCGCCGUCGACGGUGGUGUGCCACCGUGCGGCGGCGGAGGCGGUGGCGGCGGCGUGCCACCACGACGGGUGUCCCGGGUGUGCGAUGGACCGGAGGAAGGAGAGCCUCGGUGGGAGGAUACCCAUCAGGGAGCUCUCCUUCGUCAGUGCCACCACCCUCGCAGCGUCCCUACCAAUCACGUGUCUCUUCCCCUUCAUGUAUUUCAUGGUUAGAGACUUCAACGUUGCUAAAAAUGAGGAAGACAUUGGAUCGUAUGCUGGUUUUCUUGCUGCUUCAUACAUGAUUGGUAGAGCCACCACUUCAAUAUUUUGGGGUAUCGCCGCAGAUCGUCUCGGACGGAAGCCUGUCAUUGCAUUUUCAAUGUUGUCUGUUGUCUUACUUCAGACACUCUUCGGGCUAAGUACAAAGUAUUGGAUGGCAGUUGCUGCAAGACUUCUUCUAGGUUCUCUAAAUGGUAUACUUGGACCAAUUAAGGCUUAUGCUAUUGAAGUUUGUCAAACUGAACAUCAAGCUCUUGGCCUCUCAGUUGUAAUCUUUCGAGCAACUCUGCGAACUUUGUUUGCGAAUUUACGUGUAGUUGUUCUUUUGAAAAUUGUUCUUUACUUACAGGUGAAUACUGCGUGGGGUGUGGGUCUUGUUAUUGGUCCAGGUCUUGGAGGCUACCUUGCCCAGCCUGCUGAAAAAUAUCAACGGGCAUUUUCCAAGGAGUCAAUUUUUGGGAGGUUCCCAUAUCUGUUACCUUGUCUUGUUGUGUCACUCUUUGCUGCUAUUGUUCUACUAAGUUGUAUAUGGCUUCCGGAGACUAUACAUAAGCACAAAAUUACUGAAAAGGAUAUCAAAAUAGUCAAAGCCUUGCCAUCACAACAAGCUCAUUGGGAUUUACCUCGCAAGAAGAGUUUGCUACAGAAUUGGCCAUGGAUGUCAACUAUGGCAUCAUACUGUUUGUUUGGUCUUCAUGAAACGGCAUAUAGCGAGAUACUUUCCCUAUGGGCUGUGAGUGACAGAAAGUAUGGUGGUCUUAGCUUCUCAUCUGGAGAUAUUGGUGAGGUUCUUGCUGUGGCAGGUGCUAGUCUUCUUGUAUAUCAGCUCAUCAUCUAUCAUUGGGUUAAUAAAUUUCUCGGACCACUCAUUUCAUCGCGUAUUGCUUCCGCUCUAUCGAUACUUGUACUCGCUACGUUUCCCUUUAUGACAUACCUAUCUGGUUCAAAACUUUCUUUCGCUCUUUACGCUGCAACCAUGACGAGAAGUGUUCUUGGAAUUACUAUCAGUACAGCAAUGUGCCUUAUUCAGAACAAUGCUGUGCGUCAAGACCAAAGAGGCACUGCAAAUGGUAUAUCGACAACCGCCAUGUCGUUCUUCAAGGCAGUUGCUCCACUUGGAGCAGGCGUUCUAUUCUCGUGGGCACAGAAACGUCAGAAUGCCACCUUCUUCCCAGGUGAUCAAGUGGUGUUCUUGAUGCUGAUUCUUGUGCAGCUCGCUGGCCUGACAUCUACCUUCGAGCCAUUCCUGGUGAUGCCUGCGGCAGAAGAAUGUCGCUAGGACAAGUACUAUUCAACGCUAGCUAAUGAGCUCAGCCCGCCUAGGCAGAUAUGGAAAGUCAAAGGCACAUGUGACGACGAUCGAUCCUUGAUUGGCCAGGCAACAAUUAAUAUAUGUAGCCAGACAUUGUAAUAUCCUAUCUGCAUCACUGCAUGCUCUCAAUAUGUAGUAGUAGUAGUCGUCUCUGUAUAACCACUGUCUAUAUAUGAAAAUUCAGCCUUUUUAUAUAUGGUCAUAAGGAAAGAAGUCCUUUGUAUGCA